AUGUCUAACUUGACAAUUAAUCCAAACGAUAGUUUAAUAGAUAGUUCUAAUGGAGUUAUUAAUGAACUUGACAAUUCUUCAGAUGAAAAUAAAAAUUCUCUUGAUUCUCUUGACAAUUUAAUUAAUAUAUCCAAAAAAGCACUUGCUAUUUUAGAACAACAAAAAUCUGUUAGAAAUAAAAAAUUAGGAAAGGCUAUAAAAAAAAAUUUUAAUCCUUUUUUAAAGUUUGUUGUGGAUGUUAAAGAGUAUCAAAGAAGAAGAACAAUACUGCUAACCUGGAAAGAUCAUAAUAGUAAUACCCACUAUUUAUUAUAA